AAAAGUGGGGGUUAAAAGGGUCAAAUACAAGUUAAACCGGACUGAACCGGAAUCAUGAAUGCAGAUCUGCCACCCUCUCUUCUUACUCUUCAGUAAAGUAAAACUCAACAAUGGCGAUGCAGAAGAAUCAGGGUAGCUGCUGCCUCUAAGCUUCUCAUUCUCGUCGGCGCAGGUUCGACAGUUGACUAAAGAGACCGAAGAGUCAAGUUUAUCCAAACCCUGUCACCGUUUUGAAUGAAUAUUUUGUUGCAUUAAACAUUGUAUAUCCCAAUCGGACAAGGCUCGAUGUUUUUCUGAGUGGGGAAAGAAGGAACUUACAUAAAUGUAAGCAUGGCGUGGGGAACAACAAUGCGCAAGUGCGAAGGCGACAAAGAGAACGCUGGAUCGGUGAUUCUGGAACGUCCGUUGAAGCUCUGGUCUCUGAUAAUCGACAGCGUGCGGUGCGGUGGAGGUAUCCAAAAACCGAAUCGGUCAAAAAAACAGGCUGGUUCAGACAAGUUAUCGGAGCUUUUGAAACAACCUCAGUGGUGCGAGAACGAAGAUGAGGUAAAGAGGAAAGAGCAGGUUCUUGAAUUGCUUAAGGAAGUAGCCAAAAAAUUACAAAACGAAGACUCGAUAGAGGUUGUUGUUGAGGGAGCAAAGGAUGUUCGAAGGCUGACGAAAGAGGACCCACACGCAAGGACCAUUUUAGCCCUGCUGGGGGUCAUCCCCCCCCUCGUAUCUUUGCUCGACUCUCAAGAUCCCACUUUCCACACUCAAAUCGCUUCCCUUUACGCUCUACUCAAUCUCGCAAUUGCAAACGAUGCCAACAAAGCAGCCAUUGUUAAAGCUGGUGCUAUCCACAAAAUGCUAAACCUCAUCACACCAAAUAACGGGCCUCUUUCCGAAGCAGUUGUAGCUAAUUUUCUCGGAUUGAGUGCGUUGGACUCUAACAAACCAAUUAUCGGUUCUUCUGGCGCAAUUCCGUUUUUGGUGGGCGCUUUGAAGGAUGUUGAAGCGAGUUCUCAAGCUAAACAAGACUCUCUUCGAGCUCUUUACAAUCUCUCAAUAUCGCCUUCGAACGUGUGUCAUAUUCUCGACACUGAUUUGAUCCCACAUUUGUUUGCCAAUCUCGGAGACAUGGACGCAAGCGAGAGAAUCCUCUCCAUACUCGGUAAUAUAGUGUCGGUGGCCGAGGGCAGAAAGGGAAUCAGUUCUGUACGAGACGCGUUCCCGAUUUUAAUCGAUGUCUUCAAUUGGGCGGAUUCGCCCGUUUGCCAAGAGAAAGCCUCGUACAUUCUAAUGGUGAUGGCCCACAAGUCGUACAACGACAGGCAGGCAAUGGUCGAGGCCGGAGUUGUUUCUUCUUUGCUGGAGCUGACUCUAUUGGGCAGCACUCUGGCGCAGAACAGAGCUUCUAGAAUGUUGGAGUGUUUGAGGGUGGAGAAGGGGAAGCAGUUAGUUUCCGUAAACUGUGGGGGGCUGUCGGCCCCACUGUCGUCCACGUCAGCAUCGGCGGGCCCCACCCGUCAGAAAUUUUCCGAUGAAGAGGAUGAUAACGAUGAUGAUUAUGAUGAGAUGAUGAGCAAAGAGAAUAAGGCGGUGAAGCAAUUGGUGCAGCAGAGUUUGCAGAGCAAUAUGAAGAGAAUGGUGAAGAGAGCUAAUUUGGGCCACGAUUUUGUUCCGUCUGACCAUUUUAAGUCGCUCACAUCGAGCUCAACAUCGAAGAGCUUGCCGUUUUGAGGGAAUUAUUCGACUUAAACUUUCACUUGUUUAUUAGGAAGUAUGGUAUAUUAGGAAUUUUAUCUAGUACUAGUGACCUUUUUUUGUCUGUAAGACUUGUUUCAGUUACUUAGGAUGUUUAUGCAGUAGUAGUGAGGCCUUUCUUUGUGCAAGAUGCCUUGUUUGUAUUUGUUUAUUCAACUUGAAUGGCUUUUGGUGAAUUUGUUGACACUUUGUUUCUUUUUU